GUCGGCAAGGUUGGCCGGAAAAACGAGGAAACUUAUAACGCCCACUUCAGGGAAAUUCUUCCAUGGCACAGACUCCUGUCCUCGUGAUAAGCAUCGUUACGUCAGGAAGUAGCAUUUUGUGUAGCAUUUGGGCUGUCUGCCUACAGUUGGUUGGACAAGCGAAGAGCAGCAAUCAGUGCGCGUCUGUGACAGGACGGCAGCAGAUGGCUUGGAAGAAGACGAAACGCCACCCAAGAUCGAACUGUGUUUUAGCAGAAAACCAGCGAUGAGGAUGAUCCUAAAGCUUAAUUCUCCAACUCUGGCUGAAGGCAGUUUCUUCAAUGUAAGACCUGCGGCACACAAGAGUGCGAGCGUAAGACUCUCUCAAUCUAGCCUGGGCUUCACAAAGAGGAAAAAAAAUUAAUUGCGUAUCUGUGGCAGGUAUCAGCUCACAUGAAUAUGAGAUGUAACGCCGGCAGCAUGUAACGCUGACAGCGCGCCAUUCCUGGCCCGCUGUCAAUCGUGCUCACAUGUCAAGUCAACCGAUCUAGCCAACGACGGCAGGCAAAUAGUAUUUACGAUGCAUUGAUACACAAAACUCUUAGGACACCGCGAGUCGGCCCUUGACCCUGGUCAAGACCGAAUAUAUUGGAUUCUGGACC